AACCAUUCUGUCGCUAUAUUUCGCGUCUUUCGUAUGUAAGGAGUGAUAAUAAAAGUAAAAUGCGAAUUAAUUCGUGGUAUUAGAAUAUAGUGUGUAUUCGUAUUUCGUAUGCAUGGCUAAAUUCUAAAUAAUUUUUUUGUCAGAUAGUAUGCAUAUAAUAAAGGGAUGAGGAAUUUCAUGUUUCCCAGCUACAUCUUUCACAUUUGAUGGGUAUUAUAUUAUUAGGAAUCAAAUUGCGUUUUACAUAACGGAAACAAAUAAUUCCAAAUAAUCGCGCCCAACGACGGUACCGACAUCUAGCGCCGACAUUUUGUGAUCCGCGUUAGCCCAUAUGUAAUUGUAUUGCGUGCUUGUCAAGUUGUUCGUAUUUUAUCCUGGCUCGUAUGUUGGCUGUAUCUACGCUUAAGGAUCGAAUGCCAUUAAUCAAAGGAGAAGAAAACCUGCCUUUUAUUCGAGCGAAUCUUGGUCGUUCUUUGAGUGCGAGUUCGAAAGAUACUUCUUGAAAAAGUUGUCUCUCGUUAUUCUCUUUCGACGGCCUGUCGUCCAAAAUAUAAAGUUCAGUCUUCAGUCUCUGCGAACCUUGGCUGUGUUCACAAGACACAACGAUUGCAUAACAAUUGGGUCGCGCGAACUUUGCUGUGACGUAAUCACAAAAUCACACGCGUAUAAAUCGGUAUCCAUCGGCGUGCUAGUCUACAUCCGGCCGCAAUGUCAUUGACCGGAAGUUACGUAUAACGAGGUAUCCCGCGACUUUUGAAAAUGUACGAAAACCUGUUCAAGAGUCCUCUCCAUCGUGUGUUCGUAUAUGGUACGUUGAAACGAGGCGAACCGAAUCACGGCCUCAUCAAGGACACCGCAAAUGGCUACGCUAAGUUCCUAGGCCUCGGCAGGACGACGAUUCCGUAUCCCCUGAUAAUCGCCACGAAGUAUAACAUCCCAUUCCUGUUGAAGAAACCUAAUACCGGCAACUACGUGCUUGGAGAAAUAUACGAUGUGGAUUCCAACAUGCUGAAGAGAUUGGACGAAUUGGAGGAACAUCCCAAGUUUUACGAACGAACGGAAGAAAAGGUUUUAUUAGCGCCAGAGGCUGCGCUCAAGCCUGGAAAAACUUUUGAAGAGGUCUGUGAGUCAACAAAAGCCUGGAUAUACUUUCUGCCGAAAUAUAAAUCUUCUUUGCUGGACAGUACAAUGUACGCGUCUUACACCAACAAUGGAAGCCAUGGGCUAAAGUAUUGCGAGAAGUAUGUUCGUGAUCCGUCCUACGAUCACAGAAAAGAGAUGCAAUAAAAAAAUCAUUGCCGGUGGCUUUUCUCUCUUUGCAGCGACGAGGACGUGUCGAGCCUUGACGACGUUUUAUAAAUAUCAGAUGCGCAAUCAUAAUGAGCGCUCUCUUCUAUGAUACCGUUAAUCCUCGUGAAAAUUCAGGGAAAGUGAUGGUAAAAGACAAUAAGUGAUGAUUUAUAAGGCUGUUUUGUACACACAACGCAAUAUUUCAAAGUUCUAUUUUUAAGAAAACAACUCCAACUUUUCCGAACCAUUUAAGAAUCAUAAAAACAGGAUUGGAAAAAUUACUUUUAAAAAAUAACUCUUUACUCAUCGGAAAAAUUCGUUAUCAUUACUGAAAAAAUACUGAGUAUACAAUUUCUAUUACUUUUCAUCAAAAUGUGAUUUUUUUGUAGAGUAGUAUCCAAUUGUUUACAUACAAAGAAUUUUCUCUUAGAAAUAAUUUUUAAAAUUAUGUGGAAAAACAUGGCUAUUGAAGAAUUUUACUAUAAUUUUAGUAAUAAUAAAAAUUAUACAAUUAUAGAAAAUUUUAUCAAGAUUCUAGUAAUUGUACUAAAUUUAUAGUAAAAUUUGUCGAUGACCAUUAUGUCUCAGUGAUUUUAAGAUUAAAUUCUAAGAGACAAUUCUCUUCAUGUGUGUCACUAAUUGAUCAAUUUAAUACAAGAUUUAUAGUAAUUAUGGUUAAUCGUAACAUGAACAAACGUAACGCUCCCUUCUUUUAUGACUUGCACACAUUCCGUACACAGAUAUUGUACACGUAUAUAAAGUAACAAUUACCUAUAUUUAUUAUCAUUAUUCAAAAAAUGUAAUUGUUACUAUUAACAUUAAAAAUAAAAAAAAUUAUUCAUUACUGAAGAUAAUUGUAAUAGUAACGGUGUUACAAGUAACGCGUUACUUCUUAGCUAUGGAUAAAAAUUUAUAUAUAUGUAUAAAAUGUAUAUAAUUACUUUUACAUUUGUAAUACAACAAUCGUUCCUGUA